CAAAUCCCUCUACUUGACAGCAACUGUUGGGCAACUGCCGCCGUACGCGAUAUUUUGUAUUGUCGCGAAUUACAAAGAAAAUGUUUGAUAAAUAAACGGUCGUAGUUUUUUGUGUGUGUGUGGUUCCGCUGCUUUUAAGCAACUGUGUACUUUUGUGCCGUCGUUUAUCGUUGUAAUCGCGUCUUGUCCGUCCAAAGAAGAAAAAACGCCCGUUGCUUGCCGUGUCGCACAAUGAAUUCCCGCAUUGCCACUCCCAAACAUCGGUUUGGAUCGGCAGCUGCUGCGUCCGCUGGAGCCAGCUCGUCUCCCACGAAAGCGUCCACGCCACGUUCGGUUUCACGUCCGGCCGGUUCGAAAUUGGCCACCUGUUUGCUCACGAAGCGCACCCAAUUGAACACCUCGAGCUCGGAAUCGCUGCCGGCAUCACCGAUCCGCACGCCCAAAAGCGCAUCCGCCCGUCCACCCAGCAUCGGAAACGGGCUGGAGGCGAAAUCGAAAUCAUCCACAUCGCUGAACCUGAACAGCUGCUACACACCAUCGUCCCAGUACCGAGCGCCGCCAACGUCGUCGAAAAGUGCUUCGAAAGAUUUUGGAACACCGCGUAACGUGUUGAAGCGUGCCGUUGCUAGGGAAAAUCUACUUAACGCCAGGACACCGGAAUGUUUUUCCCGCAUCUCGCUGGACAGUCCCGUUGGGCAACAAGCGGGACGGCACCGUUCCAGCCAGAGCAAGCUGGACGAAUCGCAUCGCAGCACGAAGGAAAAGGACAAGGAGGGAGGAGCUGGAGGUGAAAUAAGUAACCUUAAGGUGGCCGUGCGCAUCCGCCCACUGUCGGCGAAGGAAUGUAUCGACUCGGUGGCCAAUAUCGUGCGGGUGCAGAAUAACGAGCUGUACAUCAAUGGUGGUAGUACGGCGGAUAAUCUCGGCGGGGUAGAACACUUCUUCCUGUACGAUCAUGUGUUUUGGUCGUGCAAUGCGGAAGAUCCUGCGUACGUGAGUCAGUCGAGAGUUUACAGCAGCCUCGUCCAUCCGUUGCUCGAUAAAGCCUUCGAAGGGUACAACACGUGCCUGUUCGCGUACGGACAAACGGGAUCCGGCAAGAGCUACAGUAUGAUGGGAAUGGAUCUGGACGAGAACUACGAUGAAACACCGAACCCGGACGCCGGCAUUAUACCCCGUUUCUGUCACGAACUGUUUGCACGCAUCAAUGCACUGAAAGGCCAGGUGCAUGCCGAGGUCGAGGUGAGCUAUUUUGAAAUUUACAACGAAAAAAUACACGAUCUGCUGUCCGUAACACCGUCGGAUGGUGUGAUCACCGUGUCCACUCCCGGCCAAGGGGCAAAGCGAGCCGCACUGAAGGUGCGCGAGCAUCCCGUCUGGGGCCCGUACGUGGUCGAUCUCAGCACGCACCCGGUCGAUUCCCACACGGCACUACGCAACUGGCUGGCCGUUGGCAACAGUCAGCGGGCGACGGCGGCCACCGGAAUGAACGAUAAAAGCUCUCGCUCGCACUCAAUCUUCUCGGUUGUGUUGAAUUUGGCGGAAAUAGUGCACAGCAGCGAUACGGACGAUGGCGACCAUGCCAGUAGCACGGCAUCAGUAAAGCAGACAAAGCGAAGCAAAAUAAGUCUCGUGGAUUUGGCCGGCUCGGAGCGGGUCAGCCAAACCUGUGCCAGCGGUGCUCGGCUGAAGGAGGGCGUCAGCAUCAACAAGAGUCUGCUGACGCUGGGCAAGGUGAUUUCGGCACUGGCCGAUACGAAGCGAAGUGCCAACACGUACAUCCCGUACCGUGACUCCGUACUUACGUGGCUGCUCAGGGAAAACCUUGGCGGUAACUCGCGCACGGUCAUGUUGGCCACCAUCUCGCCCGCCAGCAUUCACCUGGACGAAACGCUUGCCACGCUUCGGUACGCCUGCCAGGCACGCAGCAUCGUCAAUCGCGUGAAGGUGAACGAAGACCCGCACGAUCGCAUCAUCCGCGAGCUGCGGGCCGAGGUCGAACGGUUGCAGGUCCUGCGGCAAGACUACGAGCGGCAGAAGCGUUUGUCCGAGGCGAACCAGCACCACCAUCCGCCGCGCAAAAUCAUCAUCGAAACGUCGGUGGACGAUAGUGAGGUGGAAGCAUUGCGCCAACAGCUGGCCGAAACCGAGCAGGAGCUAGCGAAAGCGCAGCGCUCCUGGCGCGAACGGUUGCAGGAGGCGGAAGAUGUCCGUCGGACGGAAAUGAAGCUGCUCAAGCGCAAGGGGCUGGCGUUGGAGCUGUCCGCCGAGCAGAAGGAACCGUGUCUGGUGAAUUUGGCCACCGAUCCGAUGCUUUCCGGCACGCUGCUGUACAUCAUUCCACCCGGGACGGUGAAAAUCGGGCGUCCAUCGUCGCUUUCCACGCCGGACAUUGUGCUGGAAGGGCCGCUGGUCGCACCCAAUCAUUGCUCGAUAGAAAACAAAAAUGGAAAGUUGUUCCUGCUGCCGGAAACCAGCACCGAGUACGAGACGUUCGUUAACGGUGAACUUGUACAGGAGCGCCGUCAACUGUUUCACGGCGAUCGAUUGGUGAUCGGUGGAUCGCACUAUUUCCGCAUCUCGAACCCGCUCUGUCCCAACAAAUCAAACACACAGAUUAUGGUUGACUUCCAGCUGGCUCAUCAGGAGAUUCUGCAAGAGCAGGAAAAUCGUUUGCGGCGGGAGCUGGAUGUCGAGAAAAAGGCAGCCAUUGCCCGCAUCGAAGCCGAACGGAUGGCACACGAGCAGGAGUACGAGGAGCGUCUGGCAUCGCUUGAGCUGGAAAAGUUCAAGUACAAGUGCCACAAGGAACUGCUCGAAACGGAAAAGGAAGCACUGCUACAGUCAGCAAGCAAGCAGAACAACAAGUGUGACGGUAGAAAGGCACGCCCUUCCGAUGUGCGGGACUCGUUGGAUCUGACCCCGUCGGCAGCGGAAUCGAAUUUGGCGGAAGAGAUCCGCCGGAUAAUGGAGCACACGAGCGAGGAAAGUCUUGCCCACAUACAGAUGAUGGUGAAGGAAGCGAGUCAGCGUUGCCGAACGGUGGGAUUGGACUACGAGUUUAAGCAGACGCAGGUGUGGCAAGAUGAGGGAAUCUUCCGGGCGAUGAUCAACAUUGUCGAUCGUCCAAACGGUCGAAUAGCCGAGUGGGUCCCCGCACGGUUGGAAUACUGGCUGGGCAUAGUGCGCGAGCGGGACGAUCUCACUGCCGACAACAUGUUCGAACACUUUGAUCUGGUGUGGAACGAGCCGGGCGAUCAAUCGGCGAAUGAAUCGCUUCUGCAGGACUCACACAAUUCUAGCCGCAUUUCGCUAAACCUUAGCUCGGUGAUCCGUGGUCGGAAUAGUGUCGUUUCCAAUCCCGGCAGCCCGGGCACUGCCACCAGUGGAAGCACACGCAAAUCGCAGGGACUGUUUAAAUCCAUCUUCUCCAAACCAACAACCAGUGUGAUGCCGGCCGGUGAGGAUAGUGAGCGAGGAUUCGGUCGGCCAGCGUCGGCGCGAAAGGCCCUAUUUACCGAUGCGGAAUCGAACGAUGAAAAUGUGCCCACCAACAACCAACAGCUGCCGUCAGCUACCGCGAGUCAAUCAAAAGCCACCGUACUGCAUCGGUUCGACCAGAAGGCGGCCAACUAUCUGAAAGAUCUUUACGGCGCAACGCUGAAGCUGCGCAAGCUGUGCGAGAAGUAUCAGGAUUCGGAUGCACCACCUACCACCGAUGGUGAGGAAUCGCUGCCAGCAGGUAAGGAAGGCAGGAGUAGCAAUGCAGAGGAAAGGUUGGCCUCCAAGUGUCUGGAAUCGGUGGCCGAUAUUGAACGGUCGCUGCAAACCAUACGAUCGGUACUGGCGGAUCAUAACAUCAAGGAAGCUACAAUUAGUGCGAUGGAGGGCGAAUUUGGCCGAACACCCAAAUCGGUACGCUUUCUGCUGGAUUAGGGAUUCAGAGUCGGUACAGAGAUGAGUAGGAACUAGGGUGGACGAUUUUUGAUUCUUGCCUUUCCCGUUUUUCCAACUGGAACCGAGGAGCUGCUCACGGAAGCGAUAAAUUUAGGAGUGUUCUUCUACCUGUACAUCGUUUUGUUUUCGUACCCAAAACUUCCAAAGUUCUUUAAAUUGUUAGUGACUAUAGCGACAAUAUCAAUGCAAUUUUUGAUAUUUUUUUACGUUUACCUUUUGACGUAUUUUGCAAUAAACAGCACUGCAUAUAGGAAGUUAA